AUGGCCUCAGGCAAUGAGUCUGCAGUGAGGGAGUUCAUCCUGCUGGGCUUAACACAGCAGCCAGAGCUCCAGCUGCCUCUCUUCUUCCUCUUCUUGGGAAUCUACGUGGUCUCCAUGGUGGGGAACCUGGGCUUGAUUAUUCUGAUUGGUUUGAAUCCUCACCUGCACACGCCCAUGUACUACUUUCUCUUCAACCUUUCCUUCACUGAUCUCUGCUACUCCUCUGUCAUAACUCCCCAAAUGCUGGUGAGUUUUGUGAAGCAGAACCUCAUCUCUUAUGCGGAGUGCAUGACUCAGCUCUUUUUCUUUGCCUUCUUCGUUAUUGAUGAAUGCUGCAUUUUGACAGCAAUGGCCUAUGACAGAUAUGUGGCUAUCUGCAAGCCCCUGCUUUACAGGGUCACCAUGUCCCAUCAUAUCUGCUUGGUGCUGAUGGUGAGUGGAUAUGUGGUGGGCUUUGUGGGUGCUUUGUCCCACACUGUGUGCAUGCUGAGGCUCAGCUUCUGUGACGGCAGCGUCAUCAAUCACUACAUGUGUGACAUACCUCCUCUCCUGAAGCUCUCCUGCACAAGCACCACUGUCAAUGAGCUGGUGGUCUUCGUUGUGGUGGGUGUCAGUAUAAUAGUUCCUAGUCUCACCAUCUUUGUCUCUUACACCUUGAUCCUCUCCAGCAUCCUCCGCAUCCAUUCUGCAAAGGGAAGGUCCAAAGCAUUCAGUACCUGCAGUUCCCAUGUUAUUGCUGUUUCUCUUUUCUUUGGAUCAUCAUCAUUUAUAUAUUUUAAAGCUUCUCCUGCUGGGUCUGUUGAUCAAGACAAAAUAUCCACUGUAUUUUAUACCAUUAUGGUGCCAAUGAUGAAUCCUUUCAUCUAUAGUUUGAGGAACAAAGAUGUUCAAUUUGCACUAAGUAGGACUUUAAAGAAAAGGGUGUUCACUUAA